AUGACUGUUUAUGUAGAAAACUCUAAGGAAGCUAUAAAAAAAAGUCGCGAUUUUCUCCUGCUGCUGUGGCCCGGACAUGGCGACUCCGGCCCUGUGAUUCCGGAGGUCCCCUUUGAACCAUCGAAGCCCCCAGUCAUUGAGGGGCUUAGCCCCACUGUUUACAGGAAUCCAGAGAGUUUCAAGGAAAAGUUCCUUCACAAGACCCACGAGAACCCGGUGGUACCCACAGGUUGCCUGGCCACGGCGGCCGCCCUCACCUACGGCCUCUACUCCUUCCACCGGGGCAACAGCCAGCGCUCUCAGCUCAUGAUGUGCACCUGGAUCGCCGCCCAGGGUUUCACGGUCACAGCCAUCUUGCUGGGUCUAGCUGUCACCGCUAUGAAGUCUCAACCCUGAGCCCAGGGUCUGGCUUUGAAAGCUCCGCAGAAAUGAUUCCAAAACCCAGGAGCAACCACUGGCCCUA